AUGCCUCUACAUCUCGAGACGGGGUUUCUUCGUUUUGGAGCCUUGGCGGGAGGACCAGGCCGAGCGCAGAUGGUUGUUUCUCAGGUCACGGGGCUGAACUUUGUGUCAGAAGGCGAGAUAGGAGAAUUCGGGAUUGAAUUUCAUUCAACGGGAUUUUGUUAUGUCGCUACUAUGGAUGGACCAAGUGUAUCCAUGAUAAAGCGAAGGUUUUAUCCGAGGGGAGAUGGGACUAUGGGGUACACUAUUCAUUGCUCUACAGGCUCAGAGUCAGAGUUGGUGCGUUGCCAAGAAGCGACUCUUGUUCCAGUCUCAAGUAUUCCCAUGCCCGGUAUCGGAAAUUUCCCCCCUUCCAUGGGAAGUUUUCCCCCAGGCAUGGGAUCUUAUUCGCAGGCGAUGGGAGUUCCUCCGCCCUCUCCUGCCAUGGUUCCAGAUUAUUCUCAAGUUCAGCCGGUCAUGCAACAUGAUGCGGCGACUGCAAAUGGGGUCAAGUCACGAAACGUCCCAACACCACCGAGGAAGGACUGGGGACGGAUUAUUUCUCAUCCAAGUGGAAAAUUUGUUGUGGAAGUGCACAGAGACAAAUUUGAUGGGGAUGCUAUUUGUAUUCAAUGUCGGGAGAUGGACAAUCCAUGGAAUAGAUCAGGGUGGAUUCCUUGCACUUUUGUCGAUUCGCAGCAGGUAAAGCAUAAGGUCAUACAAGUCAUGGGAGGUCAACCGACCACCAUGAAGCAGGGUGGAACUCUGAUUGUCAAAGCUGGCGAUGAGACCGUGACGGAAGGGACCAUCACUGAGGAGGAUGAUGCCGCGAAGAGCAUACAGGAAAUCCCCCCGCACAAUUAA